AUGGGCUUCCUCGAAGUCUUCAAGGCCGUCUUCAUACCCGCCCUCAUCGCCGCAGCCCUCUAUGCAAUCGGCGCUUUCCUCGUCAUGCCGUUGAUACGCCAACAUCGAAAUCGAUACUCCCAUUACCUUCCCCUUGACUCGAUAUCUCAACACACGAAUUCGUUCAGAGACCGAUUAGCCAAUGCUGUCACGAGACUGGUUCUACCACGCAGGAUGGUGGUGAUAGAUGCUUCAGGGAGCAGAAGAGGCAGCGUGAGUGGAGAGGAGUUUGUCUUCGAAGACGCAGAAGGGGAUAGUAUGGUGGGAUUCGAUGUGGGAAGGAGUGAUAGACAGGUUCGGGGUGCGAAUAUUGGAAACGACGGGAGGAGGGUUGAGGCAGUAUGA